AUGACGAAACAGGAAGACACGUGGGAGAGGGUCAUGAAGCUGCUCAAAGUCACCACCAGAUCCACUUCGAAAAUUGCAGCGGAACGCUUUCUGGAGGAAAGCGCUAUACUGUUUGAUAUAUUCGCGAGGUUCGAAGGCCUUCACCUUCGUGCUCCGAUUUUAUCCGCUUUCGAAACCAAAGCUACAACAAUCCAUGAAAGGCGUUUCGCCAAGAACUUGCGUGCUAUACUUGUGGACAAAGCGUUCUGCACCACACACGCCCCAUUAGAGGAGUUUCUUGCCCUCCCGCUCGACCAUAUGAGCAUUUGCAACUUUGAAAAGAGUACCAACGGGCUCCAAACGGUAAUCGAGUUUAUUACCAUGGUCUUGAAGGACGCCGACCAAUGCAUCGCUAAGAGGUUGGAAGCGAUGAACACAAUACCAUGUACGUACUCGCCAAUAGCUAGCGAUCAAAGUAUCAUAUCCUUUGAACGCAUCGCUGAAGAGCACAAUGAAGCGAGGAUGAGAAGCCGGUUGCAGGAAGGGAAUACUAGUUUGAUCACCGAGCAAGGUUCAUCGGUGCCGUCCCAGGGCUUUGAAUUCGUGCCAACUGUUACGAGUUUUUCCACGCCACGAAGGGAACCUCGGUUGCCCUGCUAUGUUCUGGACUCGAUAGUGUGCAAUCCGGACUUUUUCGGACGGGUUGACAUCCUGCAGAUUCUAGAAAACUCUCUUCUUCCAACUCGUACGAAAUUCAUUUCAUCAGAAUCAACCAGGACCAAAUACUUUGCCUUGAGCGGCAUGGGUGGCCUAGGAAAAACGGAAAUCGCCGCCCAGUUUGCUUUCCGUCAUAAAGAGAAGUUUGACGCAGUCUUCUGGGUGCGGGCCGAUGAGAUAGCAAAGCUAGACCAAUCUUAUAGCCACAUUGCCCAGAAGCUUGGUUUAGAAACUACUGCUGAAAGUACGUCGCAAGUCGUCAGCAAGGGUCUUGUGAAAGAAUGGCUUUCCAAUCCCUGGACUUCUUCACGGAUCAUGGGAAAUAUAGAAGUCUCAUCUCAAACACAAGCAACGUGGUUGAUCAUCUUUGACAAUGCAGAUGAACCUUCGAUCGUUGCGGACUACUGGCCAGUGAUGGGAAACGGCUCUGUACUCAUUACGAGUCGGGAUCCAAUAGCCAAGACCUAUUACUCCAAAGAAAUAUCUGGGAUUGACUUGGAGCCUUUCAGUGAUGCUGAAGGCGCCUCUCUGCUCAAGGCACUGACACUUGAUGACGACGUUUCUGGAGUAGCGGAACAUAUCUCACGAAGGCUUGGAGGUCUACCACUUGCUCUCACACAAAUGGCUAGUGUGAUCAGGCGACAAGAGUUAUCAUUCUCCGAGUUCAUGAAAUCGUACGAGAAUGAGAGAGAGCACUCCGAACUGCACGGACUAAGGUACAGUACAGGUGGAGGCAAUUAUUCAUAUACCAUAUCGUCCGUCUGGCGACUUGACGAGUUCGAUCCCAGGCCGAGAAGUCUCUUGAGAACUUUAGCUUUUCUAGAUCCCGACUGUAUUGAAGAGAUAAUCUUCGAAGAGUGGUCAACGCACCUUCCAGCACAAGAAUUUUUUGGGAAGCUUGGUGAGUACAGAGCAACUCGCACGGAGCUCCUUCAGUCAUCAUUGAUCAAGCGCAACAAAGAAAAAAGUCAGCUCUCCAUCCAUCGGAUGGUCCAAGACGUAGUCAUAGCGCAGAUGAGUACUGAAGAUAUCUCCCAGUUCUUUUGGAACGCUGUCUGUAAUCUGGCAUUGCAAUGGCCGUCGGGCAGAGCUGCUCCGUCCAAGAAAAAGCUACAAAGCACACCACCAAAGGCCCACUCCAUUCGGGAAUGGCCAAGAUGUCAGACACUCUACCCGCACGUUCUAAGAUUAAAACAGAUAUGGCAAAAGUUCUUUCAGGACAAGCCGGCAGCUUAUGAUAUACAGUGGGCAGGGCUCCUUGCGGACGCGGCGUGGUGGCAAUUUGAGCGAGGACGGACCCGCAGCUUCGAUGGAUUCUACGACAUAGCCCUUAGCAUAUGUGAGAAGAGUGAUGAUCCGGACCGCGAAUCUUUGCUUGUCGAUAUAUGUCUUGGGAUUGCGGCUAUCGCCGCCGAGGCGAAUGACCACAACUCCAGUCGAGCAUUCAAGCUAAAGGCAUUGGACUAUCAGCUACAGUACCUACAGGGAACCGAUAUUCAAGACGCUCGCCUUUCACGAUGCUUCAGCGAACUGGCAAUUGCGUUGAUCCAAGACAAGGAUUAUGCCACUGCAGAGAACAACUUGCUACAAGGGAUGGAGAUCAAUAAUCGGAUCGGGUCAUUCAGCGCGCUUGCUUACGCGAACCUGGGUUUGCUUUACACGUUCCAAGAAAAAUACGAAGCAGCCGAAGAGGUCCUCGGUUGGGCACUAUCAAAGCAGGAGGAAAUGUUUGGCAAGAUGGACAAGGUUUCGUUCCGUACUGGCCGAGUGCUGUACGCCUUCGGAAACCUUCGAGCCGCUCAGGGCCGUUUGCCUGAAAGCCAUGAGUAUCACCAAAUGGCGCUCGAACAAUUCCGAUCCACUAUAGGGGACCACCACCACCGCACAGCAGACGUCUGUCAUAAGGUGGCCGAACACCUUAUUCGUAUCGAACACUACAAGGAUGCCAUGUCGAUGAUUGAUCAAGCGCUCCUGAUCUGGGGCCUCGACCCUAAGGUAUACCAGCCGGAAAUCGCGCGCACAACUUUCCUCAAAGGGCAGCUUCUGAAAACCUUGCGGAAGCACGAGAAGGCUGAGAAGCUAAUUGAGAAAGCGACGACUUUCUGGUCUGCAACUGUUGGCUUUUCUUCCUUACGUGAGAAGCACUCGCAACCUACUCAGGAAGACUUCGAUAAUCUGGUCACGUUCUGGUCGAGAUGA